AUGGAUUUUGCACCCAUGAGCAAGUGGAUAUUGGCCAGCCUCCGUAACCAAUUCCACACUUUAUACACUGGACCUCCUGAGAGCUCCCUUCAGGAACUCAAGAUCAUAUCUCCGGGAUUCUCCAGACAAGCCUUUGCAAAGCUGCUGGAACAUCGCACUAAGUGUGGAGGAAGAAUUAAUUGGAGUGGCAGGAACCAGGAAGGAGCAGGGACAACCGCUGGUGAGGAGGUGGAGCAAGUGAACAGUUACCUCUCACGUUGUGCCCUGACAACCAAAUAUAUGUCCAAAGCAGCACGGGUGGACAUGCAUACAUUGCAUGCAAUAGGGUGGAAUGAGAAAAAAAAUCUCUCUUUACAUCAGGCACUUUCCACAAGAUAUGUGAAGACUUUUCAGAGACUCCAUGAUGAGACUGCAAGGCUAGCUGACCUAAAAACAGAGCUAGAUUGCACAGAUGAAGUGGUGUCACAGUGGCUAUCUGAUGUAAAGGAAUGGGCAGCUGGUGAGACACCUGAUACAUCUCGUGCCAGUCAAGGCACAACACACAGAGGAAUGCAGCAAUCAAUUGAGGGGCUCUACCUUAGUGUGAGGCACCGGAAGCGAACCCUCUACCGUCAGAAUGACAGCAGCAAGUUUCGCCAUCGCCUUCGAAGGAAGCUGGCCGAAGACAAAAAAUUCCUUCUUCAGGAGAUACAGAAAUACAAUGAUCUUGUACUAGAAUCGGCAACAACCUUUGAUGUAGCUGUGGUGGAGUAUUCCCUAACUGGAGAGAGUACUGUGUCUCAAAUAUGGCCGUGGGAGGUUCAUGGCAGUGCUAGUCUAUACUACUACAGCUAG